CAAAAUUAGUGUUUCGCCGGAGAGAGUAAAUGUACAGUGAGUACUCCAGAGGGAGCAAAGUACAGGCGCUCAUUUUUUCUGAGAGAAGAACUGAGCUAUAUUGUCAGCAUUUUGCAAGGGUACAGAAGUCUACGACAAAAGAAACGGAAAGAAAAAAGAUUUCAUCUUUUCAAAAGAGAGAGAGAAAGAGCAGAGGGAGAGGGAAGACCAGCCGGCCUCUGUGUCACCUUUGGGCCUCCGCUCUUCUCCACCCAACGCCAUUAGAGGUGCUCAAAACUUCAACAAUAACAGUAACAGCAAGAAGAGAGAGAGGGGAAAAGAAGAGAGGGAGAGGGAGAGGGAGAGGAAAAGAAGAGAAAGAGAGAGACACUUCCCAUGACACAGCAGCUCGAGAAACAGAGACCCAAGAAAGAAGAACAAGAGAGAGAGUUCACAUCAUGUAGAUAGAGAACCAGUGGAGAGACAAGAAGUACAGAGCGAGAACAAGUAGACAGAUAAGAAGUCUAGAAAGAGAGUACACAGAAGAACAAGUGCAGAGGCAAGAGGAAGAAGCAGAAGAAGGAAAAGAGAGAAAACAGAGUCAUGAACCACCACCCAAGUAAGUAGAACCCCCACAACCUAUACAAUGCACACCCCAACUCUCUCUCUCCUCCUCCUCCUCCUCCUCCUCCUCCAUUUCUCCUCCGGCCUCUCAGCCCUCUCACCACCACCACCACUAAAAGAAGAACAACUCAAAGCCCUUCUCUCUUUCAAGCUUGGCCUGGAAGACCCAUUAAACUCUCUGUCCUCAUGGACUCCUCUCUCCCUUUCGGCCCCCUGCGACUGGCGUGGUGUCCUCUGCUCCUCGUCUCUUGUUGUCGCCCUCCGACUCCCUCGCCUCCGCCUUCGAGGCCCAAUCGCUCCGUCUCUCUCUAACCUCUCCUCUCUCCGAAAACUCAGCCUCCACUCCAACUCUCUCUAUGGUCCCCUCCCUCCAUCUCUCUUCUCCAACCUUCCCUCUCUCCAGUCCUUCUCAGCCUCUAACAACAAUCUCUCAGGCCAAAUCCCUCCCUCCAUUUUCUCCUCUCCCUCUCUUAGACUCCUCGACCUUUCAUCAAACUCGCUUUCGGGCCAAAUACCAGAGAAUGUAUCAGUUGCAUCAAAUCUUCAGGUUCUUAAUCUUUCGUUUAACCAACUCGUGGGGCAGAUUCCUGCAAGUUUGGGUGAGCUUUCAGGGCUAAGGUUUUUGUGGAUUGAUGAGAAUUUAUUGAGUGGGAGUGUGCCUUCAGCUUUGGCCAACUGCUCUUUGCUUGUCCACUUUAGCACGCAGGGUAAUGGUCUUGUGGGUCAGAUUCCGGCCGCCUUUGGCUUGCUGCCUAAUUUGGAGGUGUUGUCUCUUAACAGGAACUCUCUUUCUGGUACUAUUCCUUUCUCUCUCUUUAACAAUAGGUCUUCACCAUUGAGGGUCUUGGAGCUUGGGUUUAAUGGGUUUGAUGAGGUGGGUUCGCUGGGAAAUGGGGCUUCCGUUGUGGGUUCUCUGCAAGUUCUUGAUCUUAGAGGGAAUGUGAUCAAUGGGUCUAUUCCUUCAUGGUUUGGGAGUUUCAGUUCAUUAACAGAUUUGUACCUCUCUAGCAAUGUUUUCUCUGGUAUUCUGCCGGAUUCUUUUGGACAGCUAACUCUUCUGCAGAGGCUGGCACUUGCCGGAAAUUUGUUAACAGGGAAUUUUCCGGAGGUGAUUGAGAGUUUUACACAGUUGCAGGUGCUUGAUCUUGAGGACAACCUGUUUUCUGGCAAGAUUCCGGCAAGUUUGGGCUCAUCAUUGAGAGCUCUGAGGGCUCUGUCUCUUGGGGGAAACCAAUUUUCCGGCGCGAUUCCAGCCAGUUUGAUCAAUCUCUCUUCCUUGGAGACUCUCUCUUUGAGGUCUAACAAGUUGAGUGGGAAUAUCCCUGAAUACCUCACCCAACUGAGCAACCUGACUGUUCUAGACCUAAGCCAAAAUAGGUUUUACGGCGGGAUCCCUCCGCAGAUUGGGGACUUGCAGAGCUUGCGAGAUCUGAAUGUGAGUGGGAACCAACUUUCCGGCAAGAUUCCCCAAAGCAUUGGGAACUUGUUGAACCUUCGGGUUCUUGAUUUAGGCCAGCAAAAUCUCUCUGGUGAGCUGCCUUCUGAACUCUCUGGCCUGCCUAAUUUGCAGGUCCUUUCCUUGCCUGAAAACUCAUUUUCCGGUGAAAUUCCUGAAGGUUUCAGUAGCCUCUCAAGCUUGCAAUACCUUAAUCUGACAUUCAACCAUUUCUCCGGCCAAAUCCCCCCUGCUUUUGGUUUUCUACAAUCCCUACAAACUCUCUCUCUUUCUCAUAACAUUCUUUCUGGUGGGAUUCCAGCAGAGAUUGGAAACUGUUCAGCUCUCACAGUUUUGGAGUUUCGAUCAAACAGGUUUUCCGGCCGAAUUCCCUCCGAUCUUUCCCGACUCUCUCACCUUCAGUCACUUGAUUUGGGAAUCAACGAUUUCAGAGGAUCCAUACCACCUGAAAUCUCCGAGUGCUCAUCGCUCUCCUCUCUGAUUCUAGACCAUAACCACCUCAAUGGAACCAUUCCGGACUCGUUUGCCAACCUGACCCAUUUAGAAAUGCUAGAUCUCUCUGUAAACAACCUCUCCGGCAACAUUCCGGCAAAGCUCACAAGAAUCACAAGCUUAAAAAGCUUCAAUGUAUCAUACAACAAGCUUGAGGGCGAGAUUCCAGCUAAUUUGGGGUCCCAUUUUGGCCCUAAUUCCUUCUCAAUGAACCCAGGCCUUUGCGGUAACCCCCUCAAAACAAAAUGCCCCACGUCGAAGAAGAAGACCAAGCGGAGGAAACUCAUUCUGAUUAUUGUGGCCGCUGCUGCUGCCGCCGGCCUGGCUUGCUUGGCAGCCCUGUGCUGCUGCCUCGCAGCGGCGAACCUUAGGCAACGGCAGCAGCACAGAGGAGGGAAGAAACCGAGUCCGACACGCACGAGUGGGGCCGAGGAUCCCAAUGCAGUGGUCAUGUUUGGCAGCAAAAUCACAUAUAGUGAAACUCUUGAAGCUACCCGACAGUUCGAUGAGGAAAAUGUGUUGAGUCGAGGAAGGCAUGGGACUGUGUUCAAAGCCUCUUUCUCUGAUGGUACCGUCCUCUCGAUUCUCCGCCUCCCCGACACCGAGACCCGCACGUCAUCGGCAGCAGCGGCAUUCCGCAAGGAAGCCGAAGCUCUCGGCAAAGUGCGCCAUCGAAACUUGACAGUGCUUCGGGGAUAUUACACAGGCCCGGAUGCACAUCUUUUGGUUUAUGAUUACAUGCCAAACGGCAACCUCGCCACACUGUUACAAGAGGCAUCUCACCAGGACGGGCAUGUCCUCAACUGGCCAAUGCGCCACCUGAUUGCCCUUGGCGUGGCACGAGGGUUGGCCUUCUUGCAUGCUGCGGGCCUAGUCCAUGGCGAUGUGAAGCCACAAAAUGUGUUAUUUGAUGCUGAUUUUGAGGCCCACUUAUCUGACUUUGGCCUCGACCGGCUUGCUGGGACUACCACGGGUCCCUCAACAUCGGCAACGCCUGUUGGAUCAUUAGGAUAUGUGUCGCCGGAGGCUGCCCUGACAGGGCAGGCAAGCCGCGAGGCAGAUGCAUAUAGCUUUGGGAUUGUGCUGUUGGAGCUGCUCACAGGCCGUAGGCCAGCCACAUUUACAGGAGACGAAGACAUCGUGAAGUGGGUGAAGAGGCAGUUGCAAACAGGGCAGAUAUCGGAGCUCCUCGAUCCGGGAUUGCUCGAGCUCGAUCCCGAGUCAGCAGAGUGGGAGGAAUUCCUGCUGGCCAUUAAAGUGGCGUUGUUGUGCACCGCUCCUGACCCACUCGAUCGACCAUCAAUGCCAGAGAUUGUGUUCAUGCUCGAGGGAUGCAGGGUCGGCCCCGACCUACCGUCCUCUGCUGACCCCGCAUCUCACGCCUCACCUGCAUGAAUCUGACCCACACUCGUGGGACUCACUCAGCCGCCGGAAUCCACUCCUUCGCCAUUUUUUUGUGGUUAAAUUUUGCUAUUUUUACUUUUCACUGUUUUGGUCCUUGUCCGAUUACUAAUUGAUUUCAAAAAAUGCUUCCCUGAAACUGACCCACAGAGCUCAUUUGUCAUUUUUCAUUUUUCAUUUCCAAUUUAAUUCAAGAUUUUGUCUUUCUCCUUAACGCUUCCUUCCCCCCUUUCCCUUUAUUCCGUUUUUUUUUUAAUGUAUUUUUUUUUGUCUUUUAUUUGUUUUUUGUUUUAAUUAUUAAAUUCUCUCUCCCUUAGGGGUUGGGUGCCUUUAUAACGGCAUGCCGGCGAAGCUGGGUGGGUCCCACCAUCUGCAGUGAGUGGUCCAGUCAACGGCUGACGGUGGGUGUGGGCCCCACACCGCUUCCCUCGCCCAAUGCCCCGCCAAAAUUCGGGCCUCCUCUGUCCUCACGCCACGUGGCGGCUUCUAGCUCAAAAAAAGUAGCCGUUAGUCCUCGAUCCGUAAAAGCUUAAUUUGGAGGGGACAGUCAGGACUACGCCAAGCGAGACAGGGUAACCCGAGACGUUGUCCACGUGGACGGAAUCGAUGGCCACCACGUGGAGAGAGGGGUUUGUUCGGACGGAGGAGAUUCUGUUGCGGGGCACCACGGGGAAUUGCCUUGGAAGUGUAUUAUUUUUUUUUCUCUCUUGAUGAUUCCAACUUCUGCCUCGUGAUGAUGAAUGAUGGCAUUUAAUGGCAGUGAUUCCCCUUUCUAGUUUU